CUACGUCAUGGGAUUCUACAUCUUGGUGGGAGCGGGGAUACAGCUUCAAGAAUGUCCUCCCCAACUCCAGGUUGCCAGCUUUCCUAGGUAGCUUUAAUAAUUACUUUCCAAACUGACCUCGAAUUGAUCCUCUGGGACCUCAUCAUCUUGAAUUGAUGUGAAUCAAACUUCUGAACCUGAACUAUCGCCAAUACCCUCACAUUUGUUAGCAGCUUCAGGAUGCUUCGCACGGGAGCUUCGCGUCUGGCCUUGCGGUCAAUCGCCGCACCAUCCGCUCGCCCAGUUGUAUCUUCUUUCAUUCGGACGACCAAACCUGUGCAAUGGAAUACCGAAUUCAGCUCCGUGGCUUCUAAGCGGCCCCAGAUACUCUCCAUGGCCCAAAUGAAACCUAUACAAGUCGCUGUCCUGCGACGUGCUUUAUCCGACAAGAUUGACCUCAAGGCAGAAAAGCGAUACUCUCAGGAGAAACUUAAACCCUCGCCAGAGACUGUUUCUGCUUAUUCGACUACCCACCCGCUCGUGGGCGAAGUCGGCAGGACCAACCCUCAAGCAGAAGUCGACAUGAUGGCGGGGGUGAAAGGCGACGUGACUACGAUCAAGGAAACAUUCGACUUGUCAGAGGUGCCUCGACAGGCUUAUCUGAUUGGUCUUGCCGGCGUUCUGCCCUACCUUGCGACGUCACUCUCCACGGUCGUGUGCGCGUAUGAGAUCAACCACUCCGUGGCAGGCUAUGGAUAUUUGCUCUCGACGCAGACCGCUGAGACAUUGCUUCACUUUUUGGAACCCUUGCAGAUCGGAUACGGCGCCGUGAUUCUCUCCUUCUUGGGUGCCAUCCAUUGGGGCCUCGAGUGGGCAGGUUAUGGCGGUUAUCAGGGUUACAGGCGGUAUGCCAUCGGUGUGUUGGCUCCAGCAAUCGCCUGGCCUACUAUCCUGAUGCCCGUUGAGUACGCACUCAUCACUCAACUCUCUGCCUUCGUCAUGCUUUACUACGUCGACACACGCGCUUCCUAUAAGGGAUGGACUCCUCCAUGGUACGCGAUCUACCGCUUCGUGCUCACCUUCAUUGUUGGUGCCAGCAUCGUCGUGAGUCUGAUUGGUCGCGGAGAGGUCGCCGAGAAAGUGGGACGAAUCCCUGGUGCAGUCGAUAGAAUCACCGCACUGCGAGAGGAUGCUCAAAAGACCCUUGCAAAAGAAGAGGAGGCAAUUCGUAUCCAGAAUGCCGCCAAAGCUGGCAGUGACGAUGAGAAAGAGGAGGACGAGGAGGAGGGAAAGGAGGAGAAUAGCGAAAAAGCCGACUAGGACGGCAAGGACGAUAAAGGUGAGGGCGAGGGCAAGAAAUAAAAGUCCGAUCAACCGUUGUUCGCACUAUUAUUGCUUUACUAAAAAGUAUGGACAUGUGUUAAUUGGUGGGGAGGCGGGGGAGACGAAAGUCUUGGGCAUCAGUAUGUUUCUCUUUUCUCGCCGGAUUAUCUCUCAUGUUUUGGGUUUCCAGCGAACAUUUUCCGUUCCGUUCCUCUUCGACCGUGUUUUAGUAUCCGGGAUCGGCGCACGAGGACUG